AUGGAUUAUCGUCUCAUAUUGAAGGUAUUAUGCAUUCUGCUACUCUCCGUCAGUGCAGUACUGAGUCAAACACCAACAGAUUUAGAUGAACCACCAGAAGGUUAUUACGCAUUCGUAGAAUCGCCUAAUGCCAUACCACCGAAAGUCAGACCGCCUCCAUACACACAUGUAAGCAUUGAGUGCAAGAAUGUUGGAACAGAGAAAAAAUCAGCUGUUUCAGUUUACAAUAUAUGCGGAGAUUUAAAUAAAGGACAAAUACCUAAAAAUCCUAUGAAACAAAAUGUAUUGGGUGAACCUUAUCCAUUUGAGUUAAUACGUAAUCAGACUUUGAAGUUCUUAUCCAAAACUUUACCAGUACUCAAAGCUGAUGACACUUUACCGAAAGUAACACAAAUUAUACCUGAUGAGCCUGUGGAUCAACUGGACAACAAUAAUAUAGAGCGACAUUAUAAUGUGAGGGUAAGACGAGCAGCCGUGCCAUCACAAUCGCAAUCCAAAAUUGAAGAACAUGAAUAUAGUUACUUUGAUCCGGCUUUAGAUGAAGAAGAACAUGCAAAUCAUAAGCGACAAGCAGCAGAAGAACGUAAACCAAGAAAAUUCUGUGAUGGUGGUGGAGUUUUUUGCACCUUAUAUCGCGCCAUUCAAGGUGACACGUCCUCAGCAGCUUCAACACCAGUAGCAGAACGUCGUGAAGAAGUUGGACCUAUACGCUAUGAAGGUCCACCUACACCAUGUCCAGCAAAAGUAGAAUAUGCAACACCAGUUUUUGCUAAAAACUAUCAAGGUUCUUGGCGUUAUGUUGUGCAGAUACCAUAUGAGGGCUAUUUCACCCAAACUGUGGAAGUCACUCGUUGCAUACAGGCACGUUGUCACUAUUUGGAUGGCGGUUGCUUAUCCUCACCACGUUGGGUUAGUUUGUUAGUUGCAGAAAUAUUCUAUCCAAAUGCAGAGGACACUGUACCAACCACAUCGACAACCACACAAGCACCAUCGGUACAAGACUUCCAAGCAUAUCAACAGUAUUUGCAGAAACGAGCUGGGGUUGCGACACCUUCCGAUGGCACCACACAAAGUAGUAAUCCAAACGAUCAACAUUGCGAUGGGCACGAUGAAAUUGGCUGUUUCCAAGUACGUUUAUACUACGAUUGGUUUUUGAUUCCUGGUUCCUGUAAAUGUUGGCGUCCAGAUUAUUUCGCUAAAUAUGUGCGCAGGAAGUCCGUAGCCGACUUAUAAAGUUAAACUAGAAGAUUAUAGUAAAUAUUAAUACAAACAUGAGAUCAGUUUAGAAUUCGUUUUUAUGUGUAAUUUAAGUUUAUUUAACCGAAAUUUGCAUUCUAAAAAUCAAUUUUC